UAUUCUACGGGAGUGGUGCUCAUAAAGUCAGUCUGACUGAGAGGAGAAAUGGAGCAACAGGCAGACUGGGAGACUUUCUGCUGUUCUAUCUGUCUGGAUCUACUGAAGGAUCCGGUGACUAUUUCCUGUGGACACAGCUACUGUUGUGACUGCAUUAAAAGUCAUUGGAAUGAAGAGGAUCAGAGAGGAAUCCACAGCUGCCCUCAGUGCAGGAAAACUUUUAUUCCAAGGCCUGUCCUGGGUAAAAACACCAUGUUAGCAGCUUUAGUGGAGCAGCUGAAGAAGACUGAACUCCAAGCUGCUCCUGCUGAUCUCUGCUAUGCUGGACCUGAAAAUGUGGCCUGUGAUUUCUGCUCUGGAAGAAAACUGAAAGCCAUCAAGUCCUGUUUAGUCUGUCUGGCCUCUUUCUGUGAGAAACACCUUCAGCCUCAUUAUGAUUCAGCUGCAUUUAAGAAACACAAGCUGGUGGAGCCCUCCAAGAACCUCCAGGAGAACAUCUGCUCUCGUCAUGAUGAGGUGAUGAAGAUGUUCUGUCGUACUGAUCAGAAGUGUAUCUGUUAUCUCUGCCCUGUGGAUGAACAUAAAGGCCACGACACAGUGUCAGCUGCAGCAGAAAGGACUGAGCCCCUGAAGAAGCGAAUCCGGCAGCAGGCCCUUCACCUCACCAAGAGAAACACCAUGAACUGGUCCGGAUCUCGCCCUGAAGGCCUCGACCUAUACCAAGAGAUCUUUGUUUUAAGGAGUGACAAUUCCGAGUUUACUCCCUCACUACCUCAGACGGCGACCGUGGAUGAAGAUUCACAAGCGGUGAAUCUUCCUGCCUCCCCACCGCUCUCCCAAGACUCAGACCUGCCCUGCGGUCAUGGAGAUCCGACAUCCCCGGUGGAGCAAGUCCUUGAGAGUCAGAGGGAAUCGGCCUCGGCACCCCCGGCGCCACCUGCGGACACGCAAGCCCUUGAGAGUCAGAGGGAAUCGGCCUCAGCACCCCCGUCGCCACCUGCGGAUACCCUGCCAGACGAUGAGAGCGGCGCAGAUGAAAACGAUGGGUGGAUUCGCUUCGGUUUCAUCAAAGCG